AGUUAUUAUCUGAACAUCGACUUUGGCGGCAACUACAACUGUAUGCUGUCAUUCUCGGCGCUUCACCACGUCAAGCCUACCGCGCUCACCUCCGAAUUUCUGACCCCCGGACAUUGUAUUACUUUUAUCAGUAACGGAUGCCAUUGCCACCACAGCACCAGCAGCUCCGCAUCUCGUUCCCUGUGGAGAACUGGCCUGGCUGGGACAUCAAAGAAUUAUCUUUGACGCGAUUUGAAGCAGAUUUUGCACCCGCCUUGGGUAGAUGCGAUUGUUCACGGGCAAAGACGGCGGCUGCUAAGAAGGGCAGUGUCUCAAACUUGGCAGCUUCAUGCCCUGUAGUCCUCAGCGUGAACGUGGAUGCAGCCACUCAUGAUGAUUACUGUUCAGAUUCGCCAAUAUUUCAUGGCGUCGCGGUCUCAAAAUCAUCGCCACCCAUCCACCUGGCCUUAAAGUUUGCCCUACGAGAAGACCUCAUACCAGCGCUGUUGCACGAAGCUCAUAUGUACAGUGCUCAUCUUGAGCACGUACAGGGCCGUGCCGUUCCUUAUUUCUGGGGCUUCUUCAUGGGUUUUUUGUGCGAUUCAAGCCAUGGGAUGGCCGUCGAUGGAGACGGAGAGCCAAUCGCGUGUCUCGUAUUAGAAUAUUGGGGCGGUACGCUUCCGAUGCGCUUCGAUCACUUGGAGAAAGGUAUAAGGAUGCACAUUUUACACAAGCUUGGAGAGAUACAUCAAUGUGGAGUACAUCACGGCGAUUUUGCGGAACGGAAUGUGCUCUACUCGGAUGAAGAUGGCAUAGACAUUCGAAUCAUAGACUUUGAUCAGACAGAGCCACACAUGUGCGGACGGGGAGACAAGGGGUGUGACGUGCUACAGCAGGUGGGACGAGACAUGGGUUUGUAGAAAGGGAGAGGAUGACAGAAUAUGUACGCUUUUGUAGGAAUUCUCGUUGUAUUUAAAAGUGGCUAUAUUGAUCAUGCAAUCCGCGACCCUCAACUGAACAA